GGGUGGGGGGGCUUAGGUGGCCUCUGCCUCACCUACAACUGCCAAAAGUGGUCAUGGGGUUAUUUUUAACGCCAGGGAAGAGGUAUUUAUUGUUCCACUGCAGACUCGGGCCAGCAGGCUCGUCGAAUUCUCCAGAGGCAGCAGCCAGCUCCAGACACCAUGGCACCGAAGAAAGCCAAGAAGAGGGUAGAGGGUGGAAGCUCCAAUGUAUUCUCCAUGUUCGAGCAGACCCAGAUCCAGGAGUUCAAGGAGGCCUUCACAAUCAUGGACCAGAACAGAGACGGCUUCAUUGACAAGAACGACCUGAGGGACACAUUUGCUGCCCUAGGACGAGUGAACGUGAAAAAUGAAGAGAUUGAUGAAAUGAUCAAGGAAGCCCCAGGCCCAAUUAACUUCACCGUGUUCCUCACGAUGUUUGGGGAGAAACUUAAAGGGGCUGACCCCGAGGAGACCAUUCUCAAUGCAUUCAAGGUGUUUGAUCCUGAAGGCAAAGGCUCGCUGAAGGCUGACUACGUCCGGGAGAUGCUGACUACACAAGCAGAGAGAUUUUCCAAAGAGGAGAUCGACCAGAUGUUCGCAGCCUUUCCCCCAGAUGUCACCGGCAAUCUAGAUUACAAGAACUUGGUCCACAUCAUCACCCACGGGGAAGAGAAGGACUGAGCCCUGAGCGUCAGUCUCGGGUGA